GCUCGAAAAGCCAAAACGAUUCCCCCCUCUCCUCUCGCGUGUUUCACCUUCCAUUUUCCACCUCCACACUUUAAAUUCGCGCACUAUUGCUUUCGAUAUCGAUCAUCGCCUCAUUCUCCACAUUUUUAUUUUGAGAGAGAGAGAGAGAGAGAGAGGGUGUUGAUAUGGCGGAGAGACCAGAGGAGGCGAGCAACAAGCAGGUGGUUCUGAGGGACUACGUGAGUGGUUUCCCCAAAGAGUCGGAUUUCGAGGUGAGGACCAGUAAGGUUCGACUGAAUGUGGCGGAAGGCUCGAAAUCGGUUGUGGUGAAGAAUCUCUACUUGUCUUGCGACCCCUACAUGCGUAGCCGCAUGAGGAACUUGACAGGCAGCUAUGUUCCCCCGUACACUCCUGGUUCGCCUAUAAUUGGUUAUGGAGUGGCUAGAGUGAUUGAUUCAGGAUAUCCAAAUUUCAAGAAAGGUGACUUAGUUUGGGGUAUGACUGGAUGGGAAGAGUAUAGUCUCAUUACAGAACCAGAGACACUCUUUAAAAUUGAACACACAGAUGUGCCUCUUUCUUAUUAUACUGGAAUCCUUGGUAUGCCUGGUAUGACAGCCUACGCUGGUUUUUAUGAGGUAGGCUCUCCUAAGGAAGGAGAGCAAGUCUUCGUUUCAGCUGCAUCUGGAGCUGUUGGUCAGCUUGUUGGCCAGUUUGCGAAGUUAAAGAACUGUUACGUUGUUGGAAGUGCUGGAUCCAAAGAAAAGGUUGACCUGCUGAAGAACAAGUUCGGAUUUGAUGAAGCUUUCAACUAUAAAGAGGAACAAGACUUGGAUAUAGCUCUCAAAAGGUGCUUACCCGAUGGUAUCGAUAUCUACUUUGAGAAUGUCGGAGGAAAGAUGCUUGAUGCGGUACUUCUGAACAUGAGACUCCACGGUCGUAUUCCCGUGUGCGGGAUGAUCUCACAGUACAACCUUGAAGAAACUGAAGGUGCACACAACCUAUUCUGCCUCAUCACAAAACGAAUCCGAAUGGAAGGAUUCCUUGUUUUCGAUUACUAUCCCAUGUACCCAAAGUAUCUUGCCAUGGUCCUGCCCCUUAUCCGAGAAGGAAAAAUUACGUAUGUGGAAGACAUAGCUGAAGGCCUAGAGAAUGCACCGAAGGCUCUUAUUGGGCUUUUCUCUGGUCACAACAUUGGGAAACAGGUUGUGUUGGUUGCUCGCGAAUGAGUGAAAGUCGCCUUGCAUUUUCUGGAUGUAAAUCCCAAGCAUACUUUUUUUUUUUCUUUUUGGGUGCUUCGGAAAACUAUGGCUUGUAAACUUUUGACUUGAGCUGUGUUUUUUUUUAUUUGCUAAGCAACUUGAGCUUUGUUAGUAAGAUUUUCUUGCUGGGAUGCGUUGGAGUGUAUUUUGGCUUUGAUGAAUAAAUUGUGUACUGAAAAGUA